GGUUACCCACAAGUUAAAGCGUCGACAAUAGAAAGAUAUAAUGGCACCAACGCCUCGAAUAGUGUUUGAACAGCCAAAUAUAGAAAACACCAUCCCGUUCACUUUAUACCAGUCCUCGUCACCUGAGAAAUUUUCAUUUGAAGAUUCAGACAAGUUUGUCAUACAUGGAGGAGGGCCUUUCUAUAGCAUUACUGGCAUCGAGGACGCCGAGACAGAGACAUGUCUUGAAUUACAAGGCGUUGACUGUAAUGACGUGUCUUUGUUUGUGUUAAAUACGUCAUUUAUAAUAUGGUUCAAUGCCAAUGAACGAGGGUUGGAAUUACCCUAUCAAAGUAUAGUGUUGCAUGCAAUAAACGAGGGCAAAGACGAUUAUAUGUUGUACUUGCAAGUUGUGUCAAGUGAGGUCAUGUAUAGUGUGAAUAAUAACAGCCCUGGGUUUGUAUCAUAUGUUAAUCUUAACAUCACACCUACUUCACCAACCAAUCCACACAGAAUGCACGAUGUCAAUAAGCUUUUUUCACAAGUGAAAGAUUUCGGCAUAGUUAGCAUAUAUGAAGCUCUUUCUAAAUGUUCGUCCUUGCAUUAUGACACAGAACUGGAAGAAGAGGAAGUAGGAGGGGCAGGAGCAGAUCGUGCAUUUUUUGGAGCUUCACUCGAACAGCCACAACAGCAAGAGCCAGUAUUGGAAAUUCCAACUAGUUGGAUACUGCAUAAUGGAGUAGGAGGUUAUGGAGAUGACUUGGAUGAUAUUGUCAUUGAGGACGAGGCAAUUGAUGCCGGUAUGCAUGUAGAUGUGGGGUAUGGUCCCAUUGCUGGUAGCAUACGUAAACGAGAAGAUGAUUUGGAGGGCGUAGUUAAAAGUAGGCGAUUGAUUUAGCAGUAAUAAAAUUGUAUGGUAUGCUGUUU